AUGCCACUUUUCGCUCACAGCGACCCUCAGGUACCCGUGGCUGCAGAAAACGCUACUACUGCGGCCAAUGCUCUACGAAACAUGGAGCUUGGCCAUGAUAACCCAAUGCUGGGGUCCAUGGACUCUGCUGCUCAAGGGCAUCGCUACAAUGUUCAAGCAGACUCCAAACACCAGGUCAUCAUGCCCUUCCUCAAUAACUUAUACAUCAAUAGCCUCACCUCUGAAGACUACGACAAUCUUACAGUGGACCAACUCCUCCGGCUUGUACGGUGCAGCAUCAACUCCCUUCCGAACCAAAAGUACGAUACGUUGUUUGCGGGCCCGCCAAGGGGUGCAGUCAACAACGACAUUCGCCGUCGCUUUCUCAUCAUCACCAUUUUGAGAAAACUUCGCGAAGAAAAGGAGCAAGAGUGCCCUGACCCGGCUUAUAGAGAUCCCCACGAGUAUGAGAUGGACACCAACCUACGGUUCCUCUCGGACCUUUAUUUACAGGACGAAAGGAGCACCCACAUCACCAACAUGAUCCACGCGAAAAGCGCUCCAAGGAAUUUUACGGAAACAGGCGUGGUGAUUCCUCGCGAUGACGACGUGGUGUGGUGCCUCCAACUUUUGGCGUACAUCUCGAAGUAUCCUUACUUGAAGGAAGUGCUUCAGAACACUCAUUUGGUUAUCGACAUGAGCAUCAGAGAAAAGAAGCCCAAAUGCUUUGCCGGUAGUCGCAUGAAGGCAAACUAUCAAGGCAAAACCAAUAACAAAUCGGCACCUGCCAGCGCUCGUCAAGGGCUUCUUGCACGUAAGGGGGGAAUUUUCACGUCACACCCGAACGAAACGAAUGGAGAAACCUUCAUUGAGAGAUUCAAUGCGUCCCCUUCGAACUCACCUCAGAUGCUGAGCGAUUUAAACCUCCGUAAUGAUGAUUUCGACCUCAAUGAUGAUAUGCUAAAUCUAUACAGCAAGCGUGAUGAUGGCGGACUCACAGAGGAUGCAGAGGCUAACGACCUCGAUGACAACGACGACUCUGAAGAAGACUCUGAUCAUAGAGUCAAGGACGAGGAUGGCGAUGUCAAUGAAUAUUUGCUGAAUUUCGAUGACAAUGUCACUAUGACCGAUCAAAGUCUGUCUGACCUCAGUAAACUCUACGAUGGAAUCAUCGAUGCUGAAUCCAUUGUUAACGAUGUCGAUCGUGAGAUCGCCCUUCAUUACGUAAGCGAGAAGAUUAAUCGUUACAUCGACAAGGAGUACCAAAGGUUGGGCGACACCAUCAUUGCGAAAAGAGCAGAGGAAACGGAGUACCUUACAGAGAAGUGGAACUACGAAACCUACUCUCGUUUCGACAUCGAUGAUGAUGGCGACAACACCCACGGCGACUACGACGAAUCGUUAAUGGAUCACAAAAAAGUUAAUCUUUUCCCCAUGGUUGAAAAGUUUACAUUUUUGGCUGGCACAGAUAUGUACUACUGGUCUGGUGUGAUCAUGAGAAAUUCGUGUCGUCGUAACGACCUCAGAGGAGGGGUUAGACAGUGUGGCAAUCUCGAGUGCGGGAAGUGGGAAAGUUACCCACGAGAAUUCAGCAAAUGCAAAAAAUGCAAACGAACCAAGUACUGCUCUCGAGAGUGUCAAAUGAGAGCAUGGCAUUGUCACAAAAACUGGUGCGUCCCAAGUGCAUCUUCAGCCACGAACUCCACUCACACUACCGCCUCUCGUGCCAACACUACCGAAAGAAGAGGCCAAGAAGAGAACGUUUCUUCUGCUCAUAACCACCAUCAUCAUCACCAUCAUCAAAAUCAUGACGAUGACGAAUCAAGCAGUGCAGCAGGGCGCAGCCCUGUCAACGUUACCACCAUCUCCGGUCCCGCAGAGACCGAUGGUUUGACUCUGAACACUCCUAAUGCAACGGAUAACACUCCUCUAGAGUAA